UUUCCGCAGUUCCGGCAGGCUCCAUCCUUCGGCUUCUGCGGCUGCCCUUGGGACGACGGCUUCCUUUCCCAGUCCGAGGUGCCCUGGGUGAUUGUCCGCAUCCGCGCCAAGAAGCCUUCAAGAGUGUCGUCGGAUACUGCCAGUGCCGUCGCUCUGAGUGAUGUCGGCAUUAUUCCGCUCACCAGCAACUGGAUCCUGUCCCGAUCAGCAACUCCGACCUCAAGCCGACCCAGGAUUCCACGGCCAGAUCCCCCUGGACGUCAAACCAUCUCCUGGCCGACUUGGUCAGCUUGCUCGAUGCGGCCAGCAAUGUCGCUCCGUGGACCUGAGCAACCUUGUCCACUCUCCGGACCCAGGAGUGGACGUUGUCGUCCUCCGUGCCACCGAACUCCGGGAUUUGAUGGGCCAACGCCUGCACCGCCGAUCCUGACGACCACGACUCCGUCGAGCGUCGUCCUGCUUCCUCCGACGGGGACACCCGAGGUGAGGUAUCUCGCUCAACCUCCCUCGCCGUGUCUACCUGUGUUUGCGCUGAUCUCGCCUCCCUCUGGUCGGUUAGCAAAUGGAGUAUCUGCCCUAACGUUUCGUGUUGCAGCUGCAUCGCUGCUCCCAUUUGCUCGUGCUGCUUCUGCAUCGCCACCAGCAUCUGCUUUAAGACGUCCGCCGAUUCCUGGGAGUCUCUCCGCUGCUGCGAGGCCUUCGUGAUCUUCGGAACUGCAC